GUUAAGAAUGGCAGUUUCACAUUGAUAGUCGGUAAGCAAUUGAGGUGAGACAGUCCAGAUGCGCUUACUUUACGGCACAGUAAAGUCUCCUCUGUAUCUCCGAGACCGUCUCCACUGUCUUUGUCACCUAGAUGUUCCUCGUUGUCUCCCAUGUCAUCAUCAUCUUGAUGUUGGGUAGCCUGAAGAUCCUGAGUGAAGCCAAGUGAGAAUGACGGAAUCUGAAUGGAAAAAAAUUAACAGAAGAGGAGUGUCAUGGUUACGAGAAAAACAUGGUAACAUGUAAGUACAUUAAAAACAUAUGUAAUAUAUAUGGAGUGUGAUCAUACGAUUGGAUCAUGAUGUUCAUGCGUAUGGCUAUGAGCAGACCUAGAUGGGUGAUUUUGGUAAGAUUCUUCUACGUUUCCAUCAAAACGCAGGUUACUCAGCUGCAGAUGUGUAGGUGCAGCGUUAACCUGCAUAACCCAAUACGGAGGUUGAUAUCACAUUAAGUUAUAACCGGUUAUUAAAAUAAAAUAUAGGUUUUUUUGAUAUAAAAAACUAUACAGAUACUCAAUUUAUAAUCAGCUAUGUAGAAAAUAUGUGGAUAAUUUUGAAAAAGUAAAUACACUGUAUCUGGUAGGGGUAGGCUUAACACGAAGAAAAGGUACACAAAGUGUGGAGGACCGGUUAAAUAACCAGUCGAGUGAGGUUUUAAAUUUCGCAGAAGCAUAAUGCGACACUUGCGGGAGUAGGGUCCACUGUUUUUGAGUUAGGUAAGCACUGAGGAUUUCAUUCCCAUUGUUGUUGUCUUCUGAGUACUAUCCAAAGGGUUGACUGAUUGCUGGGGACGAGAUUUGGCAUCAGAACCCUGAAAUGAGAACAUUAGAGCAUCAUUAUCCCUGUCUCUUAGACAGGUUUCUUAGUGUAUUUGGGAUUUAAAAAAAAAGAAAAAUUGUAAUAACUAUAGAAGACGUCUCUUAAUUAAGCAAUGGAAGAGACGUCUCUUCUCUUCUUCUCUUCCUCUCUUUGCCUUCCUCUCUGUCUAUCUUUGGUCUUUAUAAACAACGGUAAACCGGUUUGCGAAUCAGCCAUCCAGGUUCAGUACAUCGACGAGGUCUGGUCUGACAAGAACCCUAUCCUCCCUUCUGAUCCUUACCGGAGGGCUUUGACGGGGUUUGAGCAUAAACUAUAGAACGUGUUUUGUUCCUUUGACGGUGGCAGUGGGAUAGAGAAAGUUCCAUCACCAGAGCCAUCAACGGUAUCAGUGGGAUAGAGAAAGUUCCUUUGACGGUGGCUCUAGUUUCUUCCUUUUUAAUCGGGAAGUUUGGUGGUGGUGGUGAUACUCUAGUUGCAAUGACAAAGAAGAAAACACCACAGAUUCUCAAGACAGAUACGACACUAAAACUUGCUGAGAAGUGGGUUGCCAACAUGUCGAUGCCUGCAGAGGAUGAUCCUAUUGAGGCUCAACAAGAAGCUCGACCACCCAGCUUGAAGCAGCAAUAUGAGCUUACAGAGGCUACAAACAGAGUGUCAUUUGGGGCCAAGGAUGAGAUAUUCUGCUUGUUUCAAGGCUCACUUGACAACCUAGGAAGCUUGAAGCAGCAAUAUGGGCUUGCCAAGAAUGCAAACGAGGUUCUCUUGGUCAUCGAGGCUUACAAGACUCUCCGUGACAGAGCUCCUUACCCGGCUAACCACGUUGUGUCAUACCUAAGUGGCGAUUUCGCUUUUGUGGUGUUUGAUAAAUCCACCUCCACUCUGUUUGUAGCCUCUGUAAGUUCUUUUUAACCCUUUUUUUU